CCCCCACACCACCAGUCAUCAUGGACGGCGAAGACCUUGUCGACUACGAGGAGGAGCUGCCCACCGUCACGCCGGCCGCUGCCGCCGCGACCGACGCCUCGGCCGCCGACGGUGCCGCGUCUGCCGAUGCGCCCGCAGAUGGAGACAAGAAGGCUGCCUACGCCGGCGUUCACUCGACCGGCUUCCGCGACUUCCUCCUCAAGCCCGAGCUGCUCCGUGCCGUCGGAGACCUCGGCUUCGAGCACCCGUCCGAGGUGCAGCAGGAGUGCAUCCCGCAGUCGAUCCUCGGCAUGGACCUCGUUUGCCAGGCCAAGUCGGGCAUGGGCAAGACGGCCGUCUUUGUGCUCGCCACGCUGCAGCAGAUCGAGCCGGUCGACGGCGAGGUGGGCGUCAUCGUGCUGUGCCACACGCGCGAGCUGGCGUUCCAGAUCCGCAACGAGUACGCGCGCUUCAGCAAGUACAUGCCCGAGGUGCGCACCUCGGUCUUCUACGGCGGCACUCCCGUCGCGGCCGACCAGGCCGUGCUCAAGGACAAGACCAAGUGCCCGCACAUUGUCGUCGGCACGCCCGGCCGCAUGAACGCCCUCGUGCGCGACAAGUCGCUCAAGGCCGGCGGCGUCAAGCACUUCGUUCUCGACGAGUGCGACAAGAUGCUCGAGCAGAUUGACAUGCGCCGCGACGUGCAGGACAUCUUCCGCGCCACGCCGCACCACAAGCAGGUCAUGAUGUUCUCAGCCACGCUCUCGACCGAGGUCCGGCCCGUGUGCAAGAAGUUCAUGCAGAACCCGCUCGAGAUCUACGUCGACGACGGCGCCAAGCUCACGCUGCACGGCCUGCAGCAGUACUUUGUGCAGCUCGAGGAGGCGGCCAAGAACCGCAAGCUGAACGAGCUGCUCGACUCGCUCGACUUCAACCAGGUCAUCAUCUUUGUCCGCUCCACGGCCCGCGCCAACCAGCUCAACCAGCUGCUCAUCGAGUGCAACUUCCCGUCGAUCUGCGUGCACGGCGCACUGAAGCAGGAGGAGCGCAUUGAGCGGUACCAGCAGUUCAAGAAGUUCGAGAAGCGCAUCCUCGUCGCCACCGACGUCUUCGGCCGUGGUAUCGACGUGGAGCGCGUGAACCUCUCCAUCUCGUACGACGCCCCGACGUCGGCCGACGAGUGGCUGCACCGCGCCGGUCGUGCUGGCCGCUUCGGCACCAAGGGCCUGGCCAUCCUCAUGACGUCGAGCGAGGAGGACAAGAGCGUGCUGAGCGACAUCCAGAGCCGCUUCAGCGUCGAGAUCCCGCCGCUGCCGCAGGAGAUCGAUGCGGCGACGUACAUGAGCUAGACGGCGACACUACAAAAGGCAGAAGGCAUGCUCGGAGAGGAGCGCAAAGCGGAGGUGCCGC